AUGUUCACAAUAAUGGCCGGGAAAGGAUUCGGGGAAGCGAGCAAAGGAUUCGGGAGCAAAGAAGAGAAGAAGGGAGAUAGCGUGAAAGACCCCUCGUCGAUCUUCACGAUCGACUUCACCGCUGCAAAGGCUGGCGCCCUCCGCAUGUACCUUGCCAUGUGGAUGAUGGGAUCCGAGGACUGGACGUUCCAAGGGGACCUGCCGGAUAAGUCCCUUUGUGCGAGCUCGUUGCCGUUCCUGUUCCUCCUUGCUGCAUUCUUUGCGUCGCUCUACUCCGUCCCUUCCUCUUUCCCUCCCACUUGUCCCAGCAUUGUGCCGUCGCUGCUGACGCAGGGAGCUCCUGUCUUGCCCUCCUCUCAACACUUUGCGCAGUCGCAUCCUCCGACCGGCGGAGAGGUCAGGAUGAUCCUCAGCGAUGAAGAUGGGAGAGUUCAGAUCAAGGUGUUGAGGAAGAGGGAUGGAGGACUUGCAUACAGACUGCAGGAGGCUUGCUUCCUGCACAGCUUUCUAGAUGAAAUCGAAGCAAUCUCACAAGAUGAGAGCAUCUCGCCGGAGAAAAGAGUCUGCUCCUUGAGUCGCGGAGACAUCGACAACGUCAGGAAGUCUCUCGCUGCGCGCCCAGCUUGA